AUGCCAGGUCCCUGGUCCAGCCCUGUGUGUCUGACAGUCAUCUGGUUUUUAUCCUGGUCUCUGGCUCCCAGUUGUGCUCAGAAUGGAAACGAUGAAGUGUCGGGUCUGCAGUAUGGCCACUUGAAAUCCAAUGUGACUCUGGAAUGUGGGAAGUCACCUAUCAGGACGCCCGUGGUGUGGCAUCUUAACCACAGCUCCGAGUUGCCAUGGCACCAGGUGACCUCUGAUGGCAGCCUCAUCCUCCUGCAGACGGACCUCUCAGCCCAGGGCGACUACAGCUGCUACGACCACCAGGGCCUUCUCCUGCACUCAGUCAGGCUCCGUUUGGGAUAUCCUCCAGGCCCGCUGAGUAUUUCCUGUAGAGUGCCCAGUCAUGUGCACGUCCGCUGCUCUUGGGCCGAUUCUGCAGACACAUACCUACCGGGCAAAUACACUGCCUCCUAUGGUAGUAAAAACCAAGACGAGGACCGGUGGAGGCCUUGUGUGGUGGAUGCCUCGGGGAAGCACUGUGACAUCGAUCUGCCCGGCUACUGGGAGGUCCUCCACGUCUUCAGAGUCACAGAGACCAACGCCCUGGGUUCAAAUACCACGCUGACUUCGAUCAAGUUCAAUAAUCUAUUAAAACCUGACCCUCCAGAGUCCGUGGUGGUGAAGACCGUGGAGGGACAUUCCACUCGACUGCAGGUCUACUGGAGCCCUCCGUCCUCUUGGCCUCAGGCGAUAGCGUUCCCCCUCACUUUCCACAUCAGAUACAAGCCUCAGGGAUCUUCAUACUGGUCUGAGCUUUUUACCGAGGACAACAUGUUGACCAUAUACGACGCACUGGCAGGCCACGUCCACCAGGUGGAGGUGCGAGCGAGGGAUGCGAUCGAUGAGGGGACUCAGUGGAGCGACUGGAGCAGCCCGGCCUUUGGACAGCCCUGGGAAGAUGAGUCGAGGCUUGAACCUACAGAGGAGGUUCUUCCAGAAGACGUCUUUCCAAGUGAAAUGUUUCCCAUUUUCACAAAGCCUGAAACCUCAACAGCUCGGUCACACAAUCCGGCGUAUGAGGACGAGGGCAGUGUUGGUUUGGUGAUCCUCCUGGUGCUGUUCUCUGUGGUGGUGAUCGUCUGCACCGUCGUGUCCCUGGUCUUUGUGAUGUGGGUGAAGCAGCGGCGGCGGAACCAGGCAAACAAGCAGGAGCUCACCUCCAUGGUCAAGAUGAAGUCCAUGCCAAUAUAA